AUGGCGGCCGGGUGCAACUGCAAGGCGGCCAUCGGGUGCGUGGACGCGCGCGCGCCGGUGCGGGCCAGCUACGUGAGCCUGUACAAGUGGCCCGAGUCCGACGCCGAGUUCGUCAAGUCGGUGGCCAUGGCACGGCGCCAGGGAGGAGGAGGAGGAGGAGGGCAGGAGAGCCCCGCGGGCCGCGCCGCCGGCGCCAGCGCGUCGUACUACUACUACGGCCACUACAACGGCAGCGGCAGCAUGCGGAAUAACAGCGGCGAGCUGCUGGCGCCGGCGGGGUACUGCAGCCCCCGGGUGGUGGACAGCUACUCGUGCCGGCAGAUGUACCUCCGCAGCUACACCUUCUCCAAGAGGAAGGAGACGGUGCCCGAGCGCACCAUGGCGUGCCUCGGCCGCGUCAGGGAGCGCGGCGCCGCCGUGUUCCCGUUGUUCCUCCCGCAGCGGAAUGGCGGGUCGUCCACGGACGCCGCCUCGGUCGGCAGCGCCAGCAACCGCGUUGCCGUUGCGCGCGGCGAGAGCAGAGACGACAGGGAGGACGACGACGUGCUGGGGCUCCGUGGCAGCAGCAGCAACCAGCAGCAGGGGAGGAAGCAGAGCCGGCGGAGGCGGAGGAAGAAGAAGAAGAAGAAGGGGUGCGCCGUGGUACGGAGGAUGCACGAGGCCUCCUGCGGCGCCGUGCGCGCCAUCUUCCGCCGCCUCCUCGCUUGCACGACCAGCGUCGACGUCGCCGACGGCGCGGGUGCGCCGCCGCAACCGUGA